ACUAAAGGAGACAAUCCAAUCCAAGCCGGCCCGUUUUUCUUCCAUUCUCCGUCAGCUGCGCGAGCUUACGAGCUUGCGCCGACUGCCUGCUGCCGUGGCCGCUGCUGUGCAGCGCGAGGUCCUGUUCUGUGCUUUACGGUCGCGAGUGCGAUGCAACCGUGCAGAUCUUCUUACCGGCGACAUUCCAGGCGAUAAACUGUUUAACUUUACAGCCAUGCUAGCCAAGCUCGGCGACAUCGUCCCGUUUCUGUCUUGUAACAUGUCAUCAUCGAAACUUCUUUGGAAAGGGACGGUGCUCCUUCGGCUCCGGUGAGGAAAAUUCCCUCCUCGAAUUACGCUGCGGUUUGGCGCCGGCGAAGUCAGCCGAACGUCGUUCGUCGAAACCACUCGCUGCCAUUUUGUUGCGUCCGCGAUAUUUGAUACUCGACUGCUACAUCGAGCCACCACGACAACCAUGCCGAAAGCAGCGGUCAAGCCACCGACGGAUAUGCACAAGUGGAUGUCCACCGGGUCGCUGUUUUUGCCGUACGGAACAUCGGAAGAUUAUGCGCAAGCCGACGAGGACGGUCCCACCAACCACACCUGCACCAUGGCCAACGCAGACUCCCUGGAAUUCGACACAUUCAAGGUGAACCAAGGCAUAGCCAAGUACAAAAAUGCAUUGAAAGUCCUGAUACCAGUACGUCCUCAUCCAAAGGACAAGCACGAGAUGCCAACAAACCAAGCGGGUCUUUUCUCCUUCAUCUCGCUGGUGUGGCUGUCGAAGCUCAUGUGGAAGGCCUACCGCCAGGGCAUCCACCAGGAGGACCUCUGGCAGAUGGCCCCCAAUGACUCGGCCGAGCUCAACGUCAAGAGGCUGGAGAGGCUUUGGAAGGACGAACAGCUACUGCAAGGGGAGAAGGCGCAGUUCUGGAUGGCAGCAGCGAGGUUCUGCAAAACACGUGCCAUUGUCGCGGGAGUCCUCAUCUGCAUCGGCAUGACAUUCCAGUUCCUUGGCCCUGCUGUGCUGCUCCGGGAGAUCCUGUCUUUCCUCGAGGAUAGUGAGUCUAGCACCAGCACUGGGGUGCUUCUGGCCUGCUGCCUGAUUGGCACCCAGCUUGUGCGAUCGGGCUGUCUCAGCAUGUCCUGGAUCAUCGGUGCCCACACUGCAAUUAGACUCCAGGGCGCGAUCCAACUUCUGUUGUACAGGAGAAUGUUGAAGGUUCGCAUUGAGGACAAGCACUCCGGACAGGUGGUGAACCACGUGACCAACGACAUGGAACGGAUCUUUGACGCGGCCAUGAACGGCAUGUUGAUGCUGGGGACGCCAGUGAUGUUCCUGCUCACCCUGGUCUACAGCUGCUGCUUGAUUGGACCCUGGGCCCUCAUGGGCAACUUCAUCAUCCUGCUCUUCUACCCAAUCAUGGGGGGAAUUGCAGGAAUAAUUGCCAAGCUGAGGAGGCAGGCAGUCAAGAAAACCGAUGCAAGAGUCCACCUGAUGGCAGAAGUGGUGAACAACAUUCGAUUAAUAAAGAUGUAUGCCUGGGAGCUUCCAUUCAUAACCAAGGUGGCAGACGUGCGCGGAGGGGAGCGGAGCAUCUUGGUGCGUGGCAACUUCCUGCAGUCGCUGUCGACGACCGUGACGCCCGUCAUCCUGAUCAUGGCGACGGUGUCCACACUGCUCGGCUACGGGGCCAGCGGCAACGAGCUGUCGGCCUCCCGGGCCUUCACCAUCUUCGCCCUCUUCAACGGCAUGGGCUUCUCCAUCGGUACCCUUCCCUACGCCAUACGGGCCGUCACGGAGGCCAAGGUGGCGCUGCAGCGGAUGCAGAAACUGCUAGAGCUGGACGAGGCCAAGAUGUGGUCGAGAAAAGUUGACGAGAGGGAUCAGCGUUUUGCCGUGACCAUCUCCGAUGCCACCUUCACCUGGCAGAGCGUUCCAGCCAACGUCAGAAGCGUGGACAUUGUCAGGGAGAGGUUCAAGGGUGUACAGAGCUCGAAGCCAAAGCACGGGAAUGUCUGCAAUGGGGACACCAGUGAAAAAGCGCUCCUGGAAGAGGCCAACGGCGAACCAGAGGAAGCCCUGCGGGACAUCUCUCUUCACAUAACAAAGGGCUCUCUCAUUGGUAUUUGUGGUAGAGUGGGCAGCGGCAAGACCUCGCUCCUGAAUGCCCUGUGUGGAGAGAUGAACCUGCUGAAAGGCGAUAUUGAUGUAAAUGGCAAUAUUGCCAUUGCAACACAACAGGCCUGGAUCUUCAAUGCUACAAUCCGGGACAACAUCCUCUUUGGUCUGCCCUAUCUCAAGUCAAGGUAUGAUGCUGUCCUUGAUGCUUGCUGUUUGCUUCCAGACCUGGCACAGUUCACCUCUUCUGAUCUCACUGAGAUUGGAGAGCGGGGGGUCACCCUGAGCGGGGGCCAGCGGCAGCGUAUCAGCCUGGCCCGUGCGCUCUACAGCGACCGGGACAUCUUCCUGCUAGAUGACCCGCUCUCGGCCGUGGACUCCAAGGUGGCCAACCAGCUGUUCCGCAAGUGCAUCCAGACGGCCAUGCAGGGCAAGACCGUCUUCCUCGUCUCGCACUCUAUGCAUGUCUUGGAGAAGUGCCAGCAGGUGCUCUUCAUGAAGGGUGGCCGCAUCAUAGAGAGGGGCACCCAUGCUGCCCUGAUGUCCUUCCCUGGGGAGUACCGCAAGAUGUUCCAGCUAGACGCCGCCGGCAAGACCCAGAUGGCGCUGGAAGGCGGGGCAGGAGACAUACCAAACAAGGACUCAUCCGUAGCUAAGGACACCUUGGCUGCAAACAAAGAUGCAGUGGAGGGCAGCAUGGUGGGCAGCCGCCUGGUGAAGGAAGAGGAGAAGGCAGUGGGGGGCAUCUCGAAGGGGGCUGUGUGGCAGUACGUCCAGGCGUGCGGGGGCCCCUGCGUGGUGCUGCUGCUGGCCCUGGCCUUCCUGGCCUUCGUCUGCUCCCAGAUGUUCGCCAACGUCUGGCUCCAGCACUGGGUCGACCAGAUGAAGAAGAAGGAACCACUCCCAAAUGUCACUUCAACGGAACCCACAAUGCUCGUUGGAUUUGGACCCGAGCAGAACAGCUCCCUCUAUGACGAACAGAUUGAAGUGCCUGACAGCCACAGUGAAAGCUACUACUACACCGUCUAUGGAGUCACCCUUCCGGUUAUGCUGUUCUUGGGGAUCAUAAAGGGCAUUGCUUGUACCGUAGUUUUGCUGGCUGCCUCAAGCAGGCUGCACAACCAGAUGCUGCAGAGGGUCCUCCGGUCCCCCACGAGCUUCUUCGACGUGACCCCCUCGGGACGAAUCACCAACCGCUUCUCUAAAGACAUGGAUGAAAUGGACAUCCGCAUCCCGUUCUUCCUGGAAAUGGUGGUGCAGAGCCUGCUGGCGAUCGCCCUGCAGCUGCUCAUCUCGGUCUUUGUCUACAAGGUGUUCUUUGUGGUGCUCGGGGCAGCCGCCGCCCUCUACCUGCUGCUGGACCGCUGGCUCAAUGUCGGGGUGCGGGAGGUGAAGAAGCUGGACAACGUGGCCCGUUCCUCGGUGGUGGUCCACCUGUCCACCACCCUGCAGGGCAUCUCGGUCAUCCGCGUCUUCGACUGCCACAAGUGGUUCACCACCAAGAUGUACCAGCUGGUAAACACACACUCUGUGGCCCACAUUGUGUUCCACCUGGCGUCACGCUGGUUCACCCUGCGCAUGGAGCUGGUGGGCAUCAUCAUGGUGGCUGCGGCAGCCUUCAUAGUGGUCUUCACCCGCAGCUCGGUCACCACUGGCCUGGCCGGACUCGUGCUCACCUCCGUCUUUUCCGUGUGCACUUUCAUACCAUUUAUUAUGAGGCUGAAGUCUGAGCUCUCGGCAAGGCUUACUUCGAUGGAGAGGAUUCACGAAUAUUGCAGGGAUCUGCGCGAAGAGGCCCCCCAGCACCUGGCAACCAGUGGGGCACCCCCGGAGUGGCCUUCAAAGGGGGAAAUUGUGUUUGAGGAGGUGUGCCUGCGCUACCGGGAGGGCCUGCCCCUGGUGCUGCGCAGCGUCAGCUUCCGUGUCAGGGGGGGACACAAGGUGGGCCUCGUGGGACGCACCGGAGCAGGGAAAUCCUCAUUCCUGGUGUCCUUGAUGAGACUCCAGGAGCUUGAAUCUGGCCGCAUUCUGCUGGACGGUGUUGACAUCAGCAAGCUGGGUCUCCACCAGCUCAGGUCGUCGGUGGCAGUCAUUCCCCAGGACCCGGUACUCUUCCAAGGAACUGUGAGAUAUAACUUGGAUCCUCACGACAACAACACAGAUCAGGAACUUUGGGAGGCCCUCGACAGGGCACAUUUGAAGCCAAAAAUCCAGAAGGAAGAGAAGCAACUGGAGAGUGUCGUGGAGAAGAAUGGCGACAACUUCUCGGUGGGAGAGCGGCAACUUCUGUGCCUUGCUAGGGCCCUGCUGCGUCACAACAAGGUAUUGGUUCUGGACGAAGCCACAGCCUCUGUCGAUGCGGAAACCGACCAGCUGAUCCAACAGACCGUGCGGGAAACAUUUGCCGACUGCACGGUCCUGACCAUUGCGCACAGGCUAAACACCGUGUUGAGCUGUGACGUCGUCAUAGUAUUGGACACGGGCAAGGUCAUUGAAAUGGACAGUCCCCUUGCACUGGCCAAUGACCCAAACUCUGUGUUUGCAUCCAUGCUGAAAGCAACCGGCACGCACUCAUCAAUGCCAGGGUCACAAUAGUAGUCGCCUGGUCAACAACACGCAUCUAUUAAUGCAUAGAAUUAUAUUUUUCUUUAGCUCUCUUUUGCAUCGGAUGGGACGAGCCUAUUAUUGAGAUCUGAUUUUCUUGUGUUGUUUUAAUUCAGUUUAAAUUAUGAUGACUUUGAGAUUUCAAUCUUGGAUUGCAAGAAAUUUGAAUCUCUUUAUGUGAUGCUUUGACUCGUUGAGUUUCUGUGAUAGAAAAUUACACAGUGUUUCUUGCGAGGGUAAUUGCUUAGCUGCACUGGUUUGCAGAAAUGGCAUUUAGGAGAAAAAAAAAAAAAAAAAACUUAUAGUUCUGCAUCCAAAGCAGUGAGCACAGUGCAGUACAGCACAUCCAUCUGUUGUUACCAGAGGCUGAUGCUCUGCUCACCUUCCUCAGGCAUUCAGCUUCCAUGUGUUCUGCUGUAUUUACUGCAGUAGCUGCAUUUAAUGCAAAAGCAUAAGUUUGGCUCAAAGGUUGUGUUGCCAUUUAGACACCGAGUGAGUUGUGCAUUUUUUUGCUAUUCUUUUUUUUCAUUUAGACAACUUUUUAGUCCAGUGAACUUUGUUUUUGAGACUAUUUAGGUAAUUUCUGUUGGCUCAUCGUAGAACACUUGAUUAUCUACUAGUAUAGUGAUCCGGGAUAUAAAAUGCUCCAACUAUAUUUUUUAUGUUUGGUGACUCCAAUGCAUAUUCACGCUUUGUGCUCAAUGUUUAAAGCUCUGCCUCUUAGUUAGCUGAUCUAAAUCACAAUGGCACUUGCAGUGCUCUGCAUUCCCAAUCCUUCACAUGUGUGUCCGGGCAUUGCCAGUGCAUUGUGUCUCAAGUUAGCCAAUUUCUGCAGCAUACCACACUUUCGUGUCUCAUUUAGCCAAUUGUGGUAUGCUCAGGGUUACAGUGUGCGUACAAUGGGACAAUAAUAUUACUCUGGGGACAUUUUCGUUAUCUUUUUUGUAUAGUAUGCCUUCAGUAGGGAAGAACACGCAAGGGGCAGCGAAUAUGCUCUGCCAGCUCCUUAGAGGAGGCAGAGCCUUUGCGAUUGAAGAUGAGAGUAAACACAUUGGUCGGCUUGCUAGAAACGGGGUCUUUGCCAAGACUAUAUGAAAAACGAGCAUUACCAAGGCUAGUGCAUGAGCAGAGUGGCCUAUAAAGUCCAGUCACAAUUAAGUGCUGCGUGCCCCAGGGCUUGCAGGCGUCCUUUUAGAGUCUUAGCUAUGACUCUUUUUCUAGCAAGUUGGCCCUGGCUUUUGUAUCGUCGCAUUUCUUCUUUCCGCACACACACACAUGCUCCUUCCUUCUUUCCUUUUCAAGUUGCCAACUUGCAAAGGAAUGAAAUGUGAGGAGGAACGUACGCGGGUAUCAACUCAUCAGCUGAUGCUCGCGUGUUUUUCCUGAUAUUGAAGGCAGCUGUAUGGUCUUACCCUUGCAAUGUAUGUACUUUUUGCAUAUACGUUAGGUUUUAUACUGUGUUACAACUUCUGUCUGCUAGAUGGGCAGAAGCACAGGCUACCCAGUUGAUAUGAGUAGCCGUAAAGUACCUCAAUUAAUGCCCCUUGGAAGUCAGUGAGUGACUGAAACAUGCAGAACACGGGAGCAUGAGCUGAUCUGUCUGUUUUAAAGGAGCUUAUGGUACAGGUGUGUGAGGCUGCUUGUGUGAAUUGGGUGUUAGCUUGGUUGGUGUGCCAGCAAUUCAGUUAACCUCGAUAUUACAAUUCCUAGCUGAAAUGUUAUUUACAACGUUUGGUUAUUUACAUUCUAAGGACACACUCCGUUGCCAAAGCAAUUAUUUUCUCUUCUUUUUUUAUUAGGAGGUGGUAUUCUGCUUAUUUGUUGUUGUGUUUCUAUAGUACUUUAUACAUGCAAUAAAACCUUAAUGCCUUCUUCUGAUACCUGAGGUGGUGUACCCAUUGUGACAAGUCAUGGGUGUUAGAUUCUAUAUGGGCUAGUUUACAACUAAGGUGAGUUUAGGCUGACAGUAAAACUGCAUUCACAUAGUGGCAGUCAUUUUACCAGCUUUCACUGACCAUGACACAGGGUUGAAUGUGUCUUACUUGUAACAUCGUCACACCACUUGGGUCUAGUCCUUCUGUGUACGCAGCUUGGAACUUCCGAAGGUUGUGUGCUUACGCUGACCAAGUGAUUCUGCAAAAUCAUUCUUGAAGUAUUUGGGAUCAAACUUCAAAGCAAUUUUCUCACCCAAGUUCAGUUCCUUUUAACGCUUUCUGGUUAUUGUGAAAGCCGAUUCCCCUGCUCCUUUGCCAAUGCAGUUAAACUGACAGUUUGAACUCGCCCUAUCAAUGUCUACAAAUGUGCCUCAAGCAUUAAGCACCAUCACAUUAUUUUGCGACUUGUAUCGUAAGCCUACCCUAUAUUUAAAAUGCCCUCCCGGCAAGCAUUCUUAAUGCACAUGUCUUUCUUGUUCAUGAAAGUUGAGGAGCGUCUGCAAAAAGGGAUUCUAACCAUCUGUAUCACACAGUGGCAUAGCCAUUGUUGGGAAGGGGGGUGGGCACUAACCCCCCCCCCCCCCCCCCUCACCUCAAGUCAUGGACUUGGGGUGUGGGGAGCUAUGCCACUGGACUGGUAUCCUGAUGUUCAUAUGCUAUUGUGAUGAAAGGGGCUGUUGGAGCCUGUUUAUUUGUGUGCAGUCUUGAUUUGCUGACUUCCAUCUUAGAGUUAAAGAGGAUGAACACAAAUGCUGCCUUGUGCAGGAGCCAGCCUGAUGUUAAUUAGUGCAUGGUCUGUGUAUCUUUUACACAGAUAGGCACUUUGAAUCCUCUUAGUCAGUGUCCUUGAAGUGCCAGCCUUGUAGGUUCCUUGCUAGGUUUCUUUUCUUUUUUUCACAUCUUCCCAUUACCGCGGGAAAUCCAGUAUUAUGUCUCUUAGUCCUUUUCGCCUCCAUGAACAUUGUUUCGUGGCCUUAUACACGUGGGGCAUACAUUCAUAGAUUGGCCAUGUGGGUGGCCAUUGUGUCGAUGCAUGCCCAUUUAAGUGCAUUGUUGGUUCGAUCCAUGAAAGAAAUGUCAUGUUGACUCAUCUAGAUAAUGCUAUUUUGUGACACCAAUUGCUCUGAAUAAAUAUGCUUUUCUUUUUGACCA